UCGAGGAACUUUCAUUUUUGAGUGAUCAGGAAGUCACCCGAUCAGGCGUAUGUAGUUUGCAGGAUGAGGAGGAGGAAGACAACAUGAAUGACAAGGAUAACAAUGGUACUCAGGAAGAGAGCAGGGAAUUCUAUGAGGACGAAGUAAGCCAGUUCAUCCAGUCGCCACAAUCUUCAUCUAUUGAUGAAAGUCUUCCGAGAACUAACUCCCGACCACAAUCAGCUGCUUCAACGUCCCGCUCGAUUACAACCCCAACAGUCAGAAGAAAGAAGGCAAAAGUUUCCGCCUCGGUUUCUGGAAUUUCUGCCGAUGACAUUUUGAUCGAUGUACAUAAAAAAUUAAAAAAUGAAGAUGCAGAAGAUGAAUUUGCUGUAGUCGGCAAAAACGUGGCUUAUAAACUACGAAAAUUGUCAAAAGAAACGGCAAUGGUAGCAGAAAAAUUAAUUAUGGAUUUACUUUUCGAAGCCCAGUUGGGAAAUAUUGAGAAAUCUUCGGAAAUAACUAUUACCCAAAAGGGGCAAGCUGUACAGCAACAGACAGCCAGUUUUACAACACUACAACAGGUUCAUAGCCCUGUUCAGCAAGGACAAAACAUGGUAAAUCCUUAUACUACAGGAACUUAUUUUGGACAUUACAAUCCUAAUGAUAGGUUUAAUUAAUUAAGUAAAUAUUAAGUUAAGUUGAAUU